AUGGAUGGAAAACCCUCCAAAAGACUACUUCGGUACAUACCCCUUUGGGUUCAGAUGAGUAAGAUUCCAGAGAACUACUACACCCACUCGGCUCUGAUGUCGCUUGCAGAGAUGCUUGGAGAAGUGAAAGUCCUCGCCUUCGACCCUACCAAGCCGAUAACACAACCCUUCAUCAGAGUCCAAGUCCACUUUAACGUGGCUAAACCAUUGAGAAUGGCUAAGGUCCUCAACAUGGGAGGAGGGAAAACCCACACGAUUCACUUCGACUAUGAAAGAUUGCAGAAACGCUGUUAUACUUGCAAAAUGCUCAACCAUGAGAAAAGCGCAUGCCCUUGGGAGGUGAAGAAACACCCUCUUUUUGGAGUGCUGGAAGAAGAACAAGUGGGAACUGAUCCACUUAGAGGGCGAUCCAAAAUUGCCAAGGAAGUACUGGAAGAGAUGAGAAGGUUCCUCGUUGCUGAUACUGGGGAAACCUUAGCAUUGAAAGUAGACAAGGUCAAGAAUUCUGUUAGAGAAGCAGAGAGCGACCCCAUUACGCAAAGGACUGUGUUGAGGUUGGAAGCUGCUCUGAUUCUAACCACUGAGCUAAACAAGGGAAAGGGUCAUGUCUUUGAAUAUAAAGAGAAGGAGCUAGAAAGGAGCAACUGGGACCUGAAUGUCAACCCAAACAAGUUGAUGGCUGCAUCCAUGAAAGCAAACAGAAACAGUAUGGCAUUGAGCGAGCCUCCAAGCUUCAUGAGGACCCUAACUGAUGAGUCGGAUGGAGAGCUCCUGGGUACUUUCUCGAAACCUGGCUCUUCCGGGAUAGUUAGAAAAAAAUCUACGGUCAGACGCCGUCCUCCUAGAGCUCAGAGACAGAGGAAUUUGCUUGCUUUAACUGCUGUGGAAGAUGAGAUAAACUUUGAGAGAAGAGAAGGGAAACAUGAAUUUGGGUCAAGAAAAAGAAAGAAGACAGUUCAAGGAGCCGAGGAGGUUUCCACCAACAAGGCGCAAUGCUUAAAGGUGAUCCCACAUGAGGGAUCGCCUUCUCCCCAAUGA